GUUCGUUUCGGCCUCGUGAUAUUUACCAUGCUACAAACACGUGGUUACUCAUACCAACCGGCGAAGUGACAACAAAUAAAGGUUGAGGACUGAAAUACAGAGUUCAUCCGCUAACAACUUUGUAAAGACACCUAGAAACAUCACAUUGCUUCCAAGACUGUCUCCAUAAUAAACAUAUAGCUUACAUAUACCUUCUUAAACUAUGAGGUUAAUUUAUUCGACUCACAUUGGUUUGCUGCGACAGUGUUUUGUGGCGUUCUGUGAGUCACAGUACGCAACUUCCGGUUUAGGUACACUUGAUAACUUGAUUAAAAGGCACACCGAGAUUACCAGAGACCACAUGACACCGGAAGUAGCUCUUCAUUUAAUAACUAAGAACUGUUCCCUGUGGAAAUCUAAGCAGGACGACAAUUCUCCGUUUCCUGAUCCAUUCUGGGCGUUUUACUGGCCCGGUGGGCAAGUUUUGACAAGAUUUAUUUUGGACAACCCCACCACUUUCCGAGGAAGCACGGUGUUGGAUGUGGGCAGCGGAUGUGGAGCUUCAGCUGUAGCAUGUAAAAUGACAGGAGCCAAGGAAGUUCUGGCCAAUGAUGUUGACCCUGUUGCAAUCAGAGCUAUUCAGCUGAAUGCAGCAGCCAAUGGAGUGACAGUAAAAACUUGUAGAGACAAUCUGGCUGGUCAACUGAAUCCAGACUGGUCUACUGUUUUACUGGGAGAUAUGUUCUAUGAUGAAGAAUUUAGAGACAGUCUAGUGACCUGGACAACAGAGUUAUAUAGUAAAUAUGAAACAAAUGUUUUCAUUGGAGAUCCAGGAAGGCUGCCGCUUGUGAACCAUCCAAUCAAAAACAGGCUUACAAAGGUAGCAGAAUAUGAACUAUCAGGAGCAUGUAAAGAAGAAAACAAUGGUCUUUCAACAGGCUAUGUAUGGAAACUUGACAAAGGUUGACGGAUAAUGGGAUUUAAAAAAACUGUGAUCAUUCAAGUAUCAAAACUGUGAUAAAACUCUCAGAGGCAGCAUGGAGAAGAGAAAUGCGCAGACUCCAUCAAAAUUUCCAGUUUUCAUUCAGUUUGAUUUGUUCUUGAAAAUAUGUUACAUUAAAAGGAGACAGUAUCCUCUGUAUGCAAUUUUGGCAACUUCUGGACAUAACAAAAAAAAGUAUUUUUUAAAUUAAACAACAGGAAAAUCUUGAUUUCGCUUAAUACUGAGAAUGUGAGAACAAAUGGAAAUUGCAGAAUGUCAUUUCAUGUCUACUACCUUAAAAUGCAAAAUAAAAUGAAGUAACAGGUCAAGUAUUCAAAUUUUGUUCUUUAUUUGUGAAAAUAUAAUUAUGUAAUAAAAUAAACAAA